AUGGAUGGAUAUCGCAUAGCGUCAGUUGGUGAGGAGGGAAGUGGACCAUUACAAUUCAAAGAUCCUGGCUUUAUAGCCAUUUCACCUGUAACAGGAAAGGUUUAUAUUGCUGAUGUGGGUAAUCAUCGUAUACAAGUCCUGAAUCCUGAUCUAUCUUUCUCUCACUCAUUUGGUAGUGAAGGAUCAGCUGAUGGACAGUUUAAAUACCCACGGGAUGUCGCUUUUGACAAUCAAGGAUUAGUAUAUGUUGCUGAUACCGAAAAUCAUCGCAUUCAAAAGUUCUCUCCAUAUGGAAGUUUUGUGGAUCAGUUUGGCAGUAAAGGAUCUGAGCUUACUCAUCCAGUAUGUAUUACAGUAGAUACUGCUCCUACUGGUCUUGUGUAUGUUAGUGAAGAGAGCAAUCACCGUGUUUCAGUUUUUACUAGUGAUGGUGUGUUUAUUACUAGUUUUGGCAAGGAAGGUAGUAAUAUUAAUCAGUUUAAUAGUCCUCAUGGGUUAAUGGUUGAUAAAGAUGGGUUUUUGUAUGUUUGUGAUUCUCUUAAUGGCCGACUUGUUGUUUAUUAA